AUGUCGUCUGGAGGAGCCACCACAAAAGCGUCUAGCAUACCAGACAAAUCGAUCCGGAUCUGCGCAGACAGAGGAGGAACGUUCUGCGACUUGCACGCCUCGUAUCCCGAUCCUGAAAACCCCCAUGAGAGGAAGGAGCUCGUUGUGAAACUUCUCUCGCAGGACCCUGGUAAUUAUGGUGAUGCACCUACCGAAGGCAUCAGGCGGAUACUUGAGGUCGUCACAGGAGACCAUAUCCCUCGCGGCUCGGUACUGAAUACGGACAAGAUUGACUAUAUCAGGCUUUCUACAACCGUCGCGACUAAUGCGCUGCUCGAGCGUAAGGGACACAAACACGCCCUUCUUAUCACCCGAGGGUUCAAGGAUCUCUUACUGAUUGGAAACCAGGCACGUCCGAAGAUCUUCGACCUCAACAUCCGCCGCCCACCCCCACUGUACUCGACGGUCGUCGAGGUUGAUGAGCGUGUUACGCUCGUAGGAUACACAUCGGAUCCCCAAGCAGAACAACAUGCAGUUCAGUUUGACGAGCAAGGGAAGGUUAAGCGGGGCUAUCGCGGCGCAGGGUGGGAUGGCCAGGGCGACGCUGAGGGCCCAGGUGAGAUUGUGCAAGGUCUCUCUGGCGAGGCAGUCAGAAUCAUGAAGAAGCCAGAUUUGGGUGCGGUCGAGAAAGACUUGCGCCGGCUGUACGAUGAAGGAUACCGCUCACUCGCUAUCGUUCUUUGCCACUCAUACACGUUCCCCGACCAUGAGGUCGCCAUCGGAAAGCUGGCGCGCCGCAUCGGCUUCGAGCACGUCUCGGAGUCGGCACAGCUCCUGCCCAUGAUCAAACUCGUGCCACGCGGCGUGUCUUCUACCGCAGAUGCUUACCUCACACCUAUCCUCCGGCAGUAUCUGGACGGAUUCUUCAGCGGAUUCGAUGAGAAGCUCAAAGAUGGGCGGCUCCGGAGCCCUCGUGUGGAGUUCAUGGGUAGCGAUGGCGGUCUGGUGGACCUAAACAACUUCUCCGGCUUGAAGAGCAUAUUGAGCGGGCCUGCGGGUGGUGUCGUCGGGUAUGCGCUGACGAGCUGGGAUGAAAAGAAGAAGCUGCCGAUCAUUGGGUUGGACGUCGGCGGGACGUCGACUGAUGUCUCCAGGUUCGACGGCCGCUACGAGGUCGUGUACGAGACGACCACUGCGGGCGUGACUAUUCAGUCGCCGCAGCUCGAUAUCAACACCGUUGCGGCGGGCGGCGGGUCGUGUCUGACUUUCCGCAAUGGGCUGUUCAUGGCUGGGCCCCAUAGUGCUGGAGCAGAGCCUGGUCCUGCGUGCUACCGCAAAGGAGGUCCACUCGCUGUGACGGACGCGAACCUGGUCCUCGGCCGGCUUGUCCCUGACUACUUCCCGAAGAUCUUCGGCAAGUCAGAGAAGGAGCCUCUGGACGUGGAGGCCUCUCGCUCCGCGUUCGAGGCGCUUGCCAAGGUGAUCAAUGAGAGCCAGGAGAAGAAGUACGAGCUCGACGAGAUUGUCAACGGCUUCAUCAAGGUCGCGAACGAGACGAUGUGCCGCCCUAUCCGUGCACUCACAGAAGCGAGAGGAUAUGCAACGUCCAAGCAUAUACUGGCGAGCUUCGGAGGUGCGGGAGGCCAGCACGCAUGCGAAAUUGCACACCUGUUGGGCAUCAAGACAAUUCUAAUCCACCGAUAUAGCUCUAUCUUGUCAGCGUACGGACUUGCUCUCGCGGACCGGGCGUUCGAGCUCCAAGAACCAUCGUCGACGUUCUACACUGCGGACAACCGGGCGUCGUUGGUCGCGCGGCUCGACAAGCUCGACGCAGGCGUGCGCAAGGAGCUCGCGCGGCAGGGCUUCGAGGGCAAGCACGUCCACACGGAGCGCAUGCUGAACAUGCGUUUCGAAGGAACCGAUACGGCGCUUAUGGUGUUACCCUCUGCUAAGGAUGGAGACGGUAAGGAGGACUUUGAGGCGGCGUUUAAGCGGGUGUACCUGGCAGAGUUUGGUUUCCUGCUGGAGACUAAGACCAUCGUUGUUGACGAUGUUAAGGUGCGCGGGAUCGGCAAAACGUUCGACAGCCUCGGAGAGUCCGUGUACUCUGAAGUGGCGCGGCUGCAACGGCGCACUGUCGGCCGCAGCAAGGCGGACUCGACAUACAGCGUCUACUUCGACGAGGUCGGCCGGGUGCCCGAUACGCCAGUGUACUUGCUCCCCACGCUGGCGGUAGGCGAUGCUAUCGAGGGGCCUGCGAUGAUCAUCGACAACACACAGACGAUUGUGCUCAUACCUGGGGCGAAAGCCGUGCUGACAAGCAAACACUUAUAUAUCACGCUGCAGUAA